UUGUCAAACGAGCGCAGCGCAGCCGCAGUCGAAACAAAACAUUUAUUUUAAAUUCAUAAAAGAAAAUUCCAUUAUUUACUUUAUAAAAUGUAUUAACUGAGUAGUCUUUAAGUGGAAGUACGUAUUUAAGUGAAAAUGGAGAAAGUUAAUUGCACUUUAUUAUUGGUUUCGCUGUUUGUUUUGCUUUGGGGUGUGGCCGGUCAAUAUGAAUGGCAAACUCGCGAUGCUUUUGAUGAUGUCCGGCUUAAAAUGGACAAGGUAACGGCGGAUAACUGCUUUAUUACGCAUCUGGACGACUUAUACCUGCCCGAGGACUCCGUGUCUCACCACCCGGAUGUGAAAGAAAUCAAUAUCAACCCCGUAUUCCCGAAUCGAACUGCGAUGUUGCACCUCCACAACAUGGCUAUGAAUAGGGCAUUUUUCUGGAGCUAUAUACUCCAGUCGAGGUUUAUUCGUCCAGCCAUAAACGAUACGUACGAUCCCGGUAUGAUGUACUACUUUCUUUCGUCGGUAGCCGAUGUUUCGGCGAACCCGUACAUUAACGCUAGUUCGAUAUAUUUUUCACCGAACAUGUCCUACACUUCUUCGUACCGUGGAUUCUUCAAUAAAACGAUGCCGAGAUUUGCACCACGAGCGAUCAGAGCCGACGACUUCAAUGACCCUGUCCAUCUACAGAAGAUAUCAACGUUAAACACAUUUUAUGUGGAAGAUUUGGGUGCGUUUGACCCGUCAAGUUUAUCAAAGGACUAUACGUCAGACUUCUAUCGGAUCAAUGAGUGGUACCAAUUAUGGUUGCCUGAUAAAGUGGCACAAAGGCAUGACACUAAGACUACAUAUCAAGUGGAGAUCAGAUAUGCAAACAAUACUAAUGAGACUUUUACAUUCCAUGGACCACCUGGGAAUGAUGAGUCUCCAGGCCCUGUGAACUGGACGAAGCCAUAUUUCGACUGCGGCAGGCUGAACAAGUGGUUGGUGGCGGCUGUCUCGCCCGUUGCUGACAUCUACCCUCGCCACACGCAGUUCAGACAUAUUGAGUACCCUACGUACACAGCAGCAGUGGUCAUGGAAAUGGAUUUUGACAGAAUAGAUAUAAACCAGUGUCCACCGAGUCAAGGCAACGAUCGACCGAAUAGAUUCGCCUCCACAGCACGAUGUAAAGUAGACACCACAGAGUGCGAGCCCAUCCACGGCUGGGGCUUCCGCCGCGGCGGCUACCAGUGCCGCUGCGCGCCCGGACACCGCCUGCCGCGCCUCGUGCGCCGCCCCUACCUCGGCGAGGUCAUCGAGCGAGCCACCUCCGACCAGUACUACAACAACUUCGACUGCAAGCCUAUUGGAUGGGUCCAACGGAUGCCAGUAGAGUGGGUGAGGGCCCACCCGUUCACGCGCGCGAUGUACAUGGACCAGUACUACGAGUAUGUGAACGCGACGCCCGGGCCCGCCGCGCUGCAUACGGAGCGGGUCAACGUCUAUGAGGUGCUCAACUUCAUACGAAGCGUCCAGCCCAACAACUGCACCAAGUACAACCCGUCGGACUUGUACCUCAACGGCGACAUAGCGUGGGGCGCGGAGGAGCAGCUCGAGAACCAGGCCAAGAUGGCUGUUAGACUGGCCAACUUCAUCAGCGCUUUCUUACAGGUGUCAGAUCCCACGGAGGUGUUCAGCGGAACGCGCGUGGCCGACAAGCCGUUGACGGAGGACCAGAUGAUCGGCGAGACGCUGGCUGUAGUGCUCGGGGACUCCAAGAUAUGGUGCGCAGGAACAUUCUGGGACAGAAACAAGUUCACCAACCGCACGUUCUUCGCGCCAUUCGCCUACAAGACUGAGCUGAAUACCAGGAAAUACAAACUGGAAGAUCUGGCACGACUGAACAGUACCGAGCAAGUCUACACGAACAAACCCUGGUUCCAGUUCUUGAAGCAGCGUUGGUCUACCAAUUUCGACAGCCUUGAGAAAUUCUACCUCAAAAUGAAGAUAAGAGACGACGAGUUGGGAAAGUAUUUGAAACGCUACGAAAGAUACCCUACGUUCUAUAGGGCUGCCAACUUGAAACAUGGACACUGGACCAGGCCUUACUUUGACUGCGACGGACAUCUCAAACAGUGGGUGGUUACAUACGCUGCCCCGUUCUUCGGUUGGGAUAGCGUUAAAGUCAAGCUGGAAUUCAAAGGCGUAGUGGCGGUGACGAUGUCCCUGAUGUCUCUGGACAUCAACCAGUGCCCAGACAAGUACUACGUGCCCAACGCGUUCAAGAGCACCGAUAAAUGCGACAGGACGUCUUCUUAUUGCGUACCGAUCCUGGGUCGCGGGUUUGAGGCCGGCGGCUACAAGUGCGAGUGCCUACAGGGGUACGAGUACCCGUUCGAAGACCCCGUCACCUACUACGACGGCCAGAUCAUGGAGGCCGAGUUCCAGAACAUUAUUAUGGACAAACCCACGCGCCUUGACAUGUUCAGAUGCAGGCUAGCCGGCGCCGCGUCCGUGCAGGCUAGUAUGGUACUGCUAUUUGCCGUUUUGUUCGUGCUUUUAAGGAUCAGAUAAGUACUGACUAAAAGAGAACAAUAGUAACUCGUCUGAAAUCUUCACACAAGCACAUUGGUACAAUGAUUUUAUAUUAUAAAAAAAAACUCGUUUAAAAGGCGGAACGAAUUAUUGUUAUGUAUAUUUGUCCUUUUGUUACCAAAGUGCUAAUAGUGGGUCGGUUUAUAGUGAAAAUUUCCUAAGCGCCUUUUUCUCUUCUAUCGUGUGGGUUGUGAGGUGGAUUACCAACCUCAUCAACCUUGGUGUCAAGGUUAUUAUUGAUCCGCCAAACCCGCCGGCGUACAUACAUCAGUAAGUAGUAACCGGGACCAACGUCUUAACGUGCCCCUUUGAAAUAUCACAUUAGGAUGUAUUUUUUGUGAACAUAAUCAAUCAGUCAAUUUAAACCAAUCCAUAAAUUAAUUGAAAGAAAACUACGUUUUAUUAAAGAAAAAUCACACCAGAAUGUGAUUUUACAAAGCCGCUUACGAGAUUCUCACUAUAAGAAGACGUUACGAAAGUAAUCCAUGAAAACGACUCGCAUUUAUAAAGACAGGCAUACGCACCAAGUGUAUUUUAAGAGUUUAUUUUCAUUAAUAGAUAGUGAACACAUUUAGGUAACGAGAGAUUAUGAGGACGCGGUGCGUCGCUGCAUACCAUUUGAUCGCGCGUAAAAGUGUUUCUGCAUGAACGCUCUUUUACAUCGCCAUGUGUUUGUUUCCAUCGCGCGACGGGAAAUUAAACGCUCCGCGCCGCGUUUCCAUAAAACAGGUCAUAGCUAGUGAUGGACAAUUGUUUCAAAAAUUAACAAUCGAAUUAUUCGAAUAAUUCCAUGCAUGGUAUUCGUUAUUCGAAUGAAAACAAAUCAUUCGAAUACUAAUUCGAUAUUCGAAUGAGUUUUGACCAAAUGUGUGCAACAUGAUAUAUUUUUGGUUUAUUGGUUACAAUUAUUAUUUACGCAAAUAUUUUUAAAAGUUUUCAAGUUACGUUGGGUAAAUAAUUUUUGAAAAUUAUAAACAAGAAUGAUGAAAACUUAUUCGGAUUUGAUACUAAUUCAUUCGAAUGAUCUUUUCAUUUGAAUACCUGCCCAUUUGAAUGAAUCAUUCAUAUUUUCCCAUCACUAGUCGUAGCAUUUUAGUGACCAAAAUCUACACUAUUUACUUACUCAGUCAGUCUUUACUUAGUCAGUUUUGUAGAAUCUCAAGUUAGAUUUAAUUCGUGCAGCUAUAAAUCGUGGUAGCUUGGCUACUCAGUAUUGUAGUGAUUGACUUCAUAUCAGAUAGUUAUAAACAAUAUACUGAGAUAAAAAAUAUAUAAGAUUGUGCCUUUUAUAAUGUCUAUUAAUCUUCUUCUAUCGUAUGGGUUGUGUGGUGGAUUACCAACCCCAUCAACCCUUGUGUCAGGGUUACUAUUGAGCCGCCAAAGGACAUGGCUCAUGUAACGACUACUAACUUAUAAUUAAUGUCUAUUAACUAGUAAGUAUGACUUUUAUCUCCGAACUUUUUUACGAAGAUUACAAGCCAUGGCUAAAUAUAAGAUUUUUUUAAGAAACAUUUUUAUACAUUCAGAUAGCAAUAGUGUUCUGUAUCAUUGAUUAUGCGAAUAAUUAUAAUUUCUCGUCUUUUUAUGCUAAGUUUUGAUUAUUAUAUUAUUUUAAAAACGGUGCCUAUUCGGGCGGACACAAACAAUCUAAUUUUACGUAACGAUAAUGCAAAAAGGAGGGGUGUUCAGCAGCUAUGUCAGGACAUCAUUUCCCACCUAACUUCUAUACUUCUUACACGAAUUUAACAAAUAAGAUAGCUAUGGUUGUAUGUCAAUCUGCCCUUAGAUUUCACUUCCUACGGUGUUCAACCACGGCUGUCUUCUGAACAUCACUAUACCACACUAUAUAUAUUACUUCACUACAUCAUUACUCACUAUUAGUCAGAACAACUGGUUCAGUACAAUUAAUGAUUAUAUUUCAAUAAAAACAAGUAAAUAGCUUCAAUGCGCGGUACGGUCACGAGCAUUAAUGUGUAUACACUUUGGUACCAUGUCACAUUAACUUUUUUGACAAAUUGAACUGUAAGUCUCACUAAAUGUAAAAUAUAGUGCGACAGAGUAGUAGUUAGUGCGACAGAGUCCUAAAGAUACAUUAUAUUGCUCAUGACAGUGUUGGGACGUUCAUUGGCAUAGUGAUGUGUCAGUCGAGAUUAGGCCGAUCGAUUCUUUUCUAUCUAACACUACCUAUUGAAUUCAAAUGGAAUGGAAUAUUUUCUUGUUUCAUACUUUUUAGAGCGCGAUUUUUCCGUAGUCGGGUUUUAGUUUUUAAUCUUAUUGAAGAAAUAGAUAAUCGAUUUGGAUAUAUUUGGUUGAAUAUAAUGAAUAUAAGGGGCGGUAAAAUAAAACGGCGUCGUUCUUGCUACUCCAUUUUGUUUCUAUUGUUUUAUGAUAAAAUAUGUGGCCAGCUAGCUAAAUUGUUACACCCCGUUUUCGCUAGAUGGCGCUUGUCCGUGACACUUAUUGAUUUAGUUUGAAAACUUUUAAAUUCGCUUAAAUGCCGUUCUUUACUUACACUGGGUACAAGAAAGAGAUAGACCUACUUUUACUCCUGUCAAAUUAAGUUUGUGGUUGCCCGAAUUGGCAUCAUUAUAAUUAUGUACAAAAAAUGAGAACUUUUUGAUCUGAUUUUUAUUUUAUAUUUCACGCUAAGUACUUUCUAUACUCUUCUAUUUUUAUGAUAUGUUUUUAUAAUUAUUAUUUUAUUAUUCGACAUUUAUUAUGUUAAAUUGUGAGCCGUCCAUAUUAGACUGAUUUAUGUUAUCAAUAUACUUAUCAAUUAUAAUGAAUCUCAACUUUUUUAACAAUUUUGUGUAUCAAUCGUUGCACUACUAAAAAUAAUCUUAUAAAAAUAAGAUGUCCAGGGGCGUCGUCCUUUUAAGACAUUUUACCCCAUGUUGUGAAGUCGUCUUAAAGUUGAGGAGGAGAUGGGCCUCCUUUUAUAAAUAAAAGUCCGAACUAUGAUGGGUAUCCUCUAUUGUUCAUCAACAUACACGGAUAGGACAGAAUAACAACACAAUCACGAUAAUUUAUAUAAAAAUCUCAGAGCGAGUUGAAAGUGCACCUGUCGCCUAGCAAGCCUUUCACCCAAGAGAGAGAGGUGAGGUGCGGGGGCGAGCGGUGUGACAUAUGGCCAAGCGUGAGUCGAAUUUAUUUGGCACUGGCUACAACAUCAUUCAGCCUUGUCAUACGCCACAAAGUGUAUAUUGAACUAUAAGUAGCAUAUUUUACAUCAAUGAUUUAAAUUAACAAUAUGGAUAAAAUCUGCCUAUUUCUCCCAUCAGUUGUCGCUACUGGUGAGUGUUCUUCAAUUCUGACAUUUCCCUGUGCUAUUUGAGUAAACAAACAUAUUGUUUUGGUUAUAUUUUUACCAGCGCCUUUGCGCAGUGUUUAACUACCAAAUUAUACAGUUGAAGAAAUCCUUGGGUGUCGGGACGGUGAAAUUGAUUUUAUAAAAUAAAACAGCAGCGUCUUGUCUUGUGUUGUAUUGAGAGAAGGGGCGAGCGAAAGCUCCGCGAAUGAAUGUGAUCACAACAGUGUUUCCAUAUUUAAAAAUAUUAAAAUAUAUUAUAUGUUUUCAACAACAGUGUUACUACAAAACAAAGACUAAAAGAUAUACUAUGUUUAAAAUAUAAUCCGUAUACGAAAGAAGUCCCGAACGCCGCGGCGCUACUGUCGCAGAUCCUGCAUAGAAUUAUUAUGGCUUGUCAAGUUAGUUUCAUUAAAAUCCGCCGACUUCUUUUGUGGCGCGAAAUACUAUUUCAAACCUAGUUUAUUUUUAGUUUGUGUUUUGUAGUAACACUGAUAGUGUUAUAUUUAUUCCUUAAAGAUGGGAAUGAAGAAAACUUAUUUUCAAUCAAAACUGCCCUUUUCUAAUGGCUGCUUUUCUUUUUCGCAACUCAUCCUUCAGAUGGGAUACACGCAUACUCCACGUUGCUCCACAUUUUAUAGCAAUUCAUCACGAAUUUUAGUUGGACAGUAUGGAGAGCUGUCAAAAUUUAGGAACACUCAACAGUGCUGCUACAUUUUAGCUUCUAGUUUUUAUCCUCACUAAAUACAAAUUAUGAAUUUUAGUAUUAAGUGCCCAGUCCAUAAGGGUUAAAAAGGCGACAUCGAAGCAAUUCAUCUAAAAAAGCAAUAUUGCAAUUUCAUAUAAAAAUAUUCAAUAUUUUUAGAUGAAUUGCUUCGAUGUCGCCUUUUUAAAACCCCAGUAGUCUAUAAACAAGAUAAAAAAGGCAAUGUAUUUUAAAUCAAUUUAUUUGUCACUUAGUUUUUAGUAUUGUUACGUAGCAAUAAAACAUAAUUACUUAUACGAUUUUGAUAUAAAGAUAUUUUACAUGGUUUCAUACAAAAAUGUAUUUACUUUAAGGGUUUAUGUAACGGAAUCACUAGCUUUCUCUUUAUCUAACUUAUUUGUGUUAUUCUAUGUUAGAUAGAGAGAGCAAACUUUUAUGUAUUUUAGUGGAAUUCGCCGGUUUUGUUGAUAAAUCAUUGUUUGGAGUCCUAAAUGCGGAAUAUUUAUGUCAGAAAUAAACUGAAUAAAUAUACCAAUAUAAGCUUUAAAAAACUUAGUAGCAUUUGAAAUCAUUAACAUUGAUUUUUUCUAUAAAUGUACAAGAUGACAACACACAUUUCUUUUACAUUGGAAAAUGCGAAAAACUGAAGAAGUUUUGUUUUAAGUUUAUUGUUUUAAAUAUUUCGCUUUUACGACUCAAUGGUCCUUUUUCACGACUCACUAAUAAAUUGACUGACAGCCUAUCUACCUAAUUAAAGUCUGAUAGCUGUACUACUAUCUGCUAGAUAACUUCUAGACAGAUUAUCAGCCAGUUGUUAGCAAGUGGUGACAUAGGCUUUUGAAGAUUAUAUGCAGCUUGAAAUUAUAGUAUACAGCCUAGUAUUAAAGUCAUAUCUGUUGUCUCUCUCGCACUAGGGUGUAUACUAUGGCUCUGUCCUGCUGUCAUUAAAAAAUGAGGUACAUUUAGCACAACGUUUUGUAACAUUCCACUAAGUGUGAAUGGUUAAUCCGGGUCCCUCCGUCCAUUAUGAGUGCCUUUACAAUUUCGUAAUAAAGUUUUUAAAAUAUC